AUGGAGCGCCUGGUGGCACACGAGGAGUUGGAACCAAAUCGCGUCAGCAACUGCACUGAUGUCGCACCCGACACGUCGUUCACCUGCGAGGAGCAGGCUCAGCAAUUUGACAAGUGCAAUGCAGACUUCAUCUACCUGUACUCCUUCUGCCUCAAGUCCUGCGGGCGGUGUGGAGGUGAGACUUGA